AUGACCAUCCUCAACUACAUCACACUUAAAAACAUCAUCUUUCCAAAGAUUCUCAAUUUUUUGAAUUUUUCAGACACCAGACGAAUUGUUCGCAUCAAAAAGAACGAAUAAUUGCUUAAACAUCUAUUGAAAAUUCAUGAUGCUUAAUAAUAGCAAUCAGACCCUUUAGAAAUGACAGAAUAAGAAAUUAUAAUUAAAUAACUUGAGCUCUUUUAAUUGCAUAAUGUAUAAUUAGAUGAUGAAAUACUUAAGUCUAACUCCUUCUUCAACUUCUACUAUAAAAUGUACGAUGCUAGCAAAAUGAACAACUUCAAUCAUAAGGUCAUUUUGGAGUAUGUUUAAAAUUUGAUUUAAAAAACCCCAAAAAUAAAUUAUAUCACAGAGGACUACAGAUAUUACAUCUACUUUAAAGCCUAGAUCAUCGUUAUUGGCAUGGCAAUAAGACAUAAUAUUCCCCUGACGUCUUUGUUGCUUUGCACAAGAUUGUACAUGAAUAGCAAAUAACAAUUGUUCUGCUUAGAGUUUUCAAUCUUCAAAGAAAUAUUCAAGGAACUUUAUUCGAAGAGGCAACUAUCCCAAUUGAAUUAUCUCUUAAAUGUCGAUCAAUUAAUCAACAAUGAUACACUUAAGUUAACUGAAAUGCAAAACUAUCGGGAUAAGGUGUUUAUAGAAUACGAGGAUGUGUUGAAAGAGAAUAAUUUUACUUUGUUCUAACAGAAUCUGGAUCUGAUUUAUUAAUAGAAACAUUAUUUAAUUAAUGAAUUGAAGGAUGUGAUUGAAAAACAAUAAUUCAAGGAAUUGCAUUCUGAUUUGAAAAAGUUUCAUCUGCAAAUUGAUUAUGCUGACCAAUUUUAUUAGACUCUCAACAAGAUCAUUUCAUUUUGUGACAGUGCUGAACAACCAUUUAUUACAUCUGAUAAGAUAGGAAUUCCGUAAUUUAUAAAAAAAUACUUUUACAAAACCCAUGAGAGGAAAGAACUCAACUCGUAACAAUUAGUAGAAUCUUUAUUGACUAUAAAUAAAGUAUUAAGUGAAAUGAUAAAAAAUAGAUUUCCAUUUCCUCCCAUAAUAUCUUACCUCAAUCUCAAAGAUCCAAACAGUCUUAAUAUAUUAAAUAUUACCAAAGAAUUCGUUAUAGAAUGCUAAGAAAAUUAGACUUUUCUUCUCUUUUUAUCCUCAGUCCAUUAUAAUUUUUAAACCUUAGCCUAAUCGAAAGACUAUUCAAGAACCUUCUAUAAUUAGUAAUUAUAAAAGUAGGAUUUUGAUUAAUGGGAAACUGUGAUUUAGAUGUUGGAAAUAAUAGAAGAUAACCAAUCUAUUAUCAAACAUGAUGUUGAAAAGAGAAUUAGUGAAGAAGACACAAAAUCCAAUAUUCAAGCAUACUUACAAUAUCCUAAGGAGUAGAUUACUAAUUAUUUAGGGCAAUAUCAAAAGAUUUCCAAAUUACUAAGAAAUCUUAUAUCAUUUUAAAAUAAGGAAGUGAGUGUGAAGUUUGAUGUUGAGAAUCUUAAGAAUUCAUUAUUGGAGAAAAUUAAUCACAUUAAAUCAAAAGUAGUAAGUGAAUCCUCUCUACGGAGAAAACUUGGUAGACCUCCAGGAACAAAGAAUAUUAAGAUUAAAAAGAAAAUAAGAGUUGAGAGGUUGAAGGAUAUCGAUGUGAAAGAAUUCAAAAGUUAAAAAUGUUUUAAAAAUUUUCCAACAUCUGAAUUUAACAGUGAUGAGGAGGUAGUAAUAUUAAAAAAGAGGAAGCUGUAUCAAUCAGAGUAGAUGUUAAUGCAAGACAUUGAAAAUUUUUUGGUGUGA